AUGGAAAUCACCGAAGAACAGCGAAAGCGAGCCGAAGCGAAUCGAUUAGCAGCCUUAGCCAAACGAAAAGCCUUGGCCGAAUCCUCCUCCGCCUCCGCCCUCCACCAACAACCCGACCCGUGGUCGCUUUUCAAGUGCCGGAAGCUCUCUCCGGACCUCAACCCGAGCUCAAUUCGCUGCGCCGGCGAACCAAGAUCCGAAAUUUCACGGGCCAACCCGGUUGUGGAGAACCAGAUGUUCCGGGUCCGGCUCGAAAUCUGCUCACCGGACUCAUUCUCAGCCACCCCGGUCGGAAUUCAAGGGUUCGCAUUUCCGGGGCAGGAAGAGUGCUCGAGGAGAUUGAGUGAUUGCUUGGCUAAUGUGAUGCCAUCACACUACACGCAGAAUCACGGUGGUGGAAAGGCCGGUGUUUAUAAGCUGAGUGAGUACAAACAAGUCGUGAGAUGUUUGAGGAGCAACAAGGGCAUUGACAUUGAAGAGAUACCUUGGACUACUUUCAAUGUUGUGGAGAGGCUUUCACAGUCGUAUAUCACAGGGAAGUGGGUACCAUGUAGGCCAGAACACGUGUCAGAUGAUAAGGUUGAUGAAUUGAUUGGGAAGCUGCCAAAGAAGCUAUUUGAUUCACUCUUGCCUUUCCAGCUUGAGGGUGUUAGAUUUGGUUUGCAAAGGGGUGGACGAUGUCUCAUUGCAGACGAAAUGGGCCUUGGAAAGACACUACAGGCUAUUGCUAUUGCAUGCUGCUUCAUGAGUGAAGGCUCUAUACUCGUUGUUUGCCCAGCUAUUUUGCGUUAUUCAUGGGCAGAAGAAUUAGAGCGUUGGCUUCCUUUUUGUUUGCCUGCUGACAUCCAUCUAGUUUUUGGUCACGAAAACAAUCCUGCCAAUUUAAAGAAAUGGCCUAGAAUUGUGGUUAUUUCUUAUACAAUGCUUCACCAUUUGCAAAAGAGCAUGCUAGAUCGAGAAUGGGCUCUCUUGAUUGUUGAUGAAUCCCACCAUGUACGAUGUACGAAAAAAAAAUCAGAACCUAAAGAGAUACAAGCUGUUCUUGAUGUGGCAAGAAAGGUCGAGCGCGUAGUUUUACUAUCGGGGACACCUUCUUUGUCAAGGCCAUUUGACAUUUUUCAUCAGAUAGAUAUGCUAUGGCCUGGUUUGCUGGGAAAGGACAAGUUUAAGUUUGCUGAAACUUACUGUGAUGCCAAAUUUGUUCGGGGUGUCCAAGGGAAAAUUUUUCAGGAUUUCUCAAAGGGUACUCGUUUGGAGGAGUUGAACAUGUUACUCAAGCAAACAGUUAUGAUUAGACGUUUGAAGGAACAUGUCCUAUCUCAGCUACCACCCAAACGUCGACAAAUUAUACAAGUUGUACUGAAGAAAUCAGAUAUAGUUUCAGCAAAGGCUGCUAUCAGGGUGGGAAAGAGUUGCAAUGAAGAUCUUUCUUACCAAGAAUUAGGUAUUGCAAAGCUAGCCGGGUUUCGUGAAUGGCUCUCUAUUCAUCCAGUCAUUGCAGAGUCAAACGGGGUGGCAAACUUGGAGUCGGAUUCCAGUUCUCAUAAAAUGUUAAUAUUUGCACAUCACCAUAAAGUUCUUGAUGGGGUACAGGAGUUCAUACUCCAGAAAGAGAUAGAUUUUGUCCGGAUUGACGGAAACACACUUGCUACAGAUAGGCAGUUAGCUGUGCGAAAAUUCCAACUAUCAACUGAGGUUAAGAUUGCAGUAGUUGGUAUUACCGCGGGAGGUGUUGGUCUUGAUUUCUCAUCAGCAACACACGUUGUCUUCUUGGAGCUUCCUCAGUCCCCAUCUUUGAUGCUUCAGGCUGAGGAUAGAGCACACAGGCGAGGGCAAACAAAUGCAGUCAACAUAUACUUCUUUACUGGGAAGGAUACCAUAGAUGAGUCACAUUGGCAGUACUUGAACAGGAGUUUGAGCCGUGUUUCAUCUACAACAAAUGGAAAAUAUGAUGCAAUACAAGAAAUAGCGGUUGAAGAUGUUUCUUUUUUUGAGACAUUACGUGGAGUUGGUAAUUGUGAAGAUUUUAUUUUGCAAAAGUCAGAGGGUAGUGAGUUCUCUGCAGAACUAAUGAAAGUGCCUGGUUCUGACUGCUUAGCUAAGGCUAUGAAGCCUUCUGAGUCAAAUGAUAAGUUAGUGCCAAACAUUCCUCAGAGAUCUGAAAGACAUCAUGGUACUGAUGGCAUUUCAUCACAAACUGAAACUUCUGUUAAGAACGAUGUGGUCUCUGAUUGGGAUAUGGACAACAGUAUCUCUUCAGAUGAGGAGUUGGAAACAAUUGUUCCUGAGACUAAAAUUAGAGAAUGGAGAGUGUCUUCUUGUAAGUUUAGUAAGAGCGGUGAAGGUAGAGUUGGAAAGGAAUCACUAGAUAAGAAGCAGGAAGAUGGAAUCAACUCUCAGACCAGCAAAGGACAUGAUGACGGAUCUGUUUUGCCAAUCAAAGGACAUGUAGACGAACCUGUUCAGCAAAUUGAAGCUGGAGAAGGUGGCAUUAACCAAGUAGAUGCUCUUCGAUUUGAGGUGAGUCAAUACACUGGUAGGAUCCACUUGUAUUCUUGCAUCUCAGGAGAGGAUGCAAGACCAAGGCCACUUUUUGAAAAUUUUAGACCAGAGGAACUUCAGUCACUAUAUUCUUCUGCUGCUGAAAGUAUUAAAGGAACAGCUUCAAAUUCGAUCAAGGAUAACCCUGCUUAUUUGCAUGCACUUCUUGCAUUCAAUGAAGAAUGGAAGAAACUGAGGCCCAUUGAACAAAAGAAAUUAAUUGGAAAGCCUUUGCAACUUCCUUUGUCUGUUGAGUUGUGCUUUCUGUGUGAAGGCACUAACCAUGAGAAAACGGGACUGCUGAAGGGCCGAAGCAAGCGCCGGUCUACACCUUAUGAUGAGAUUAGCAAACCCUUACCAUCAAAUGCUGUGUGGAAAAAGGUCCACCUGCGUAGUGGCUAUGGAAAAAAGGAGAAGCAAUACACUCAGGGUUACACUUUGACUGAUGAGCCUCUCUGUAAACUCUGCCAAACACCAUGCGAGGGCCACAAUGCCAAGGAACCUGAAUAUAUUGAAGACCUGUUCUGUAAUCUUGACUGUUAUGGAGAGUACCACAUCCGAACUAGUAACAGAUCUAUUCGUCACGAACUUUUUCAACUAGAACGCGGUGUUUGUGUAAAUUGUCAAUUGGACUGUCAUAAACUUGUGGAGCACAUACGACCUUUAUCUGAUGAAAAGCGGAGGCAGUAUAUUGAAAAGUUUGCACCAAGAGUGGCAAGGCUGAAGAAGUUGCUUGAGAGGCUUGUAAAGGAUCCAACUGAGGGAAAUGCAUGGCAUGCAGAUCACCUUGUUCCUGUCUAUCUUGGUGGAGGUGAAUGCAGGCUAGAGAACAUGAGGACUCUGUGUGUGGCCUGUCAUUCUGAUGUUACUAGAGCACAAUGUGCUGAACGGCGGUCAACAAGGAGCAAGGCUAAGAAACAACUGAAAGAAAUCAUGAGUGAAAUGAAAAACAAAGACACAGAGAUCAAUCUAAAGGACCAGGGGGAUUCAGAGACAGAGAAGAAUUCAAGUGAUAACGAACUUUUAGUCAAUGUUCCUGGGAGUGCAUACUCUUUAGCAAAUUAUGUGGAUGCUACAACGAUGAAUGAAGAGCUGGAAGACGCCUCCAAUAGCGAGAAGACUCCCACAGUAGAAAAGCACCUGGGUGGAGAAUAAUUCUCUUAUAUGCCUAUUUAGAGUAUACACACACUGGAUUGCUUUAGACAUAGAAUUAUAGCAGAGGAUGAUGAAUCAUCUAUUUCAAG